GCUCUGACAGAUGAGGAUACUGUACCCGAGCGCAGCAGCACUUGUUGCUCUGAAGAACUACUUUAACAGGGACUGCUCCUCUGCUGCCUGCCUUUUCUUAAUUAUUAUUAAUUUAAUAACCUGCAAACUUGUUUACUCCACUGCUUUCGAGCUUUAUCAUUACAAAUGAUGUUUUGAGAGCGGCUCAGAAGGGAAAUUUCACGCGUCGUGCAGUUGAAACCUCCUUUUGCCACUUACUAUCAAGGGAUCGGCUGGCAGCCUUGGGGGUGAAAAAUGACAGACUCAUUUGCUGCUAAUGGGGAAGGAAAGGACCCUGAAAUUGAGCUCUUUGUGAAGGCUGGAAUAGAUGGAGAAAGCAUUGGGAACUGCCCAUUUUCCCAGCGUCUCUUCAUGAUCCUGUGGCUCAAAGGAGUUGUGUUCAAUGUCACCACUGUUGAUCUGAAAAGAAAGCCAGCUGACCUGCACAAUCUGGCUCCUGGGACCCACCCACCUUUCUUGACAUUUAAUGGAGAAGUCAAGACAGAUGUUAACAAGAUUGAGGAAUUCUUGGAAGAGAUUCUUGCACCUCCAAAGUACCCCAAACUGGCCGCUAAGCACCGGGAAUCAAACACUGCUGGAAUUGAUAUCUUUUCCAAAUUUUCUGCAUAUAUCAAAAACACUAAGCAGCAGGAUAAUGCUGCUCUUGAAAGGGGCUUGGUGAAGGCCCUGAAGAAGCUGGAUGACUACCUGAGAACUCCCCUGCCAGAGGAGAUUGAUGCAGACAGCACUGAAGAGGAGAAAGUGUCUAAACGCAAGUUUCUGGAUGGAGAUGACCUGACACUUGCUGACUGCAACCUUCUGCCCAAACUCCAUGUUGUCAAGAUUGUUGCAAAGAAAUACCGCAACUUCGAGUUCCCGGCGGAGAUGACGGGGCUGUGGCGGUACCUGAAGAACGCAUACACCAGGGAUGAGUUCACCAACACCUGUGCAGCAGACAAAGAAAUCGAGCAAGCCUACGCAGAUGUGGCCAAGAGGCUCAGCAAGUCCUAACUGCCCCCAGCCAUGGCUCAGUAUCCCCUUUUACAGACUCUGCUCCUUGUUGCCUUAAGAUGUACUUCGUCCUUAUGCUGUCUGGUUGGCAUCUUUAUAACUUCACCUGUUCCAAGUGUAUUGGGCAGGGACAAAUCUGCCUCUCCCUGGAGAAAAGAGAAAGCAGCUGUAGCGGGGGAGGGGGGUGGACACCCUUUGAAGUCUAACCCAAGAUCUGGCUCAACUGGUAUUAUUUGCAAUCAGUAUUGGAAAUGAGUUCACUUGACUAGUUUCUUGUUCUGUGUUGGGGGUACACCAUCACCUGUACUCUUUCGGGCUUUAAAAAUAGCUGAAAUUCCAGGUAAGAGAGCUAGGAACACACACAACUGGUUCCUCUCUAGGUUAUUUCAAGGACACUUUUUCCCUCAGUUAUAUUAAGAUCCUUGAGGCAUGAACAAAAUACAAGAGAGAGAGAGAGGGGAAAAAUAGGAGUUUGACCCUAAAGCAGAAAUGACCUUAGCAGGUAUAUUUAAAUAAACUCUCUGAAGCAUCUUCUGUCUUAGUAGGCCCAGGAGUUUGUAGGGUAUUUAUUUUUAACUUGGCACAAGAGGGGGAAGCCUGAGUGAAAUAUGUCAGACUUGCAGAUGCUACUCUGCAUAAAAUUUGCAUGGUGUUGUUGGAUCCAAAUGUUUAAAGCAAAAGAGAGUAAAAGAGCAAUUGAGCAGGCAGCCCUUGGACAAGCAGGCCCUGUGCCAAAGUGCCCAGUGGAUCUGCUGGUUGGUAGAGACAGAACAGACACAGCAAUAACAGGGGCAGCAGAUUGACUCCAGCACCCACAGAGGGAAUUGGCACAGCAAACCAAACCACGUAGGAUAUUGUCAUCUUGACUGUAUGGUUGCCAGUUCCUUUAUAAUUGCUAUCUUUGGAAACUUGGAUCAGCGGUGGGAAGCUGUCGCUGCACACAGAUUCCAGGCAGGGGAAGCGCUUUCGUCGCCUUGGGCUCCAGAUGGGUCACUUUGAAGCACUCAUCAUAUCACCCCAGGAGGAGUUUGCUGUGAGAACCCCAAAGAGGACAGGCUGGCACAGUGAGAGGCACGUUUCCAGCCAGGAAUUCAGCAAGUGUGCUAGCAGAAAUCCAUGCAUGAUGCCUCAAUCCCACUUACCAAGUUUUACCCAUUCAGGUUCCACAAUUCUGCAUUAGGCUUUUUUUUUUUUUUUAUCUAAAAGAGAUUAUUUUGCUCUGUGUGCAGUGCCUGCCUGGCACAUCUGCUUUACACUGGUGAUUAUUUGCACAUUUCUUCAGCAAAUUCAGAAUGACAACUCUCUCACUUGAAACUCAUAUGCUCCAGUAUGUACAGGAAAGCACAUGGUCCAUGGGUUUCAGUUUGUGGGGGGAUUUAUUGCUGUUUUAAGAGAUAAAAUAAACCUGAGCUGUAACCUGUUGUGGCUUCCCUUCUGAUCAGAGCUGCUAAAGCUGCACUGAUUUGAGGGGAGCCCCAAACUGGUGCGCUGUGACCAAGGGGAACCUCACAGCAGACUUGUUUGCAGCCAGAGAGCUGGGAAAGUGGAGCAACAUCAAAAGCCAGGCUCUGCCAUGUGAUGCUGAUGACAAUCUGAAACCGUCCUUUUGCUUUAAUGGGAUAAUUUCACUUUUCACACUAACCCAGCUGGGAGCAGAAUGUUGCUCAUUGACUGAAGAGAGUUAGCAGUUGACUUGUUUCACGUGCAGUGGUCAAUUUGUUCUGAACUUUCAAAACCCUGUAAGAAAAUCCAUGAACUCCCAAGUCUUUUCCUAGAAUGGGCUAUUUUAGCAGCGGCUAGACUGGAGGGCAAAGGUUUGCACUCUUUAAAAUAUUGCUGAGAAAUCAGCUGGCUCAGAGAACACUAAUAGCAGCCAGAAAAAUCUGAUGAGAUUAAAAGUAUGCGCAAAAGCACAUAUGGCUUGUUAAAAACAUUUCUUCAUGAGAUUGGAAUUAUUGUGAUAUUAUUUUCAUUUUUUUUCUUUUUAAAAAUUCUGCCAAAUAUUUAUUUAUUUAUUUAUUUAUCUUAAUUGACUUGAUUCUUUCUUUCUGUCUUUCUGGUUUUUGUUUUCACACGUUCAUCAGGAUGGCUCGGUCAGUUUAGAAAAGUGCUGUUAGCAAAGUUCUGCAAGUUUGUUCCUAGAGAAAAGUCUUCUAUCUGAUCAAUGGUCCUGCAGAUUUUUUACUCUCAGUAUGAUCCUGUCAAUCAACAGAAACUACAUUUUUCUCAGUUGCCUUUCCCCAGGUUUGCACUGCAAUCAGUAGCUUUCAUUAGUCACAGUUGCUGUUUGUGUUUGAAUAAAAGAUACAGAAGCAGAUGCAGAUUCUUGCUCUCUGCUUAUUAUAUUUAUAUCCUAAAAGAAGACUGUCCAAACAUGCAGCAGAUAUCAGACAGAUGAACCAGGGUCUGUCCUGAUUUCCAUCUCAGAAUCUUCACCAUUUUGCUGAAUUUCAUGGUUCUGAAAUUCUCUUAUAUGUUUGUUCUCUAUUUUUCAUAGACGAGGUUCUAAUCACAAUCAGUUGAUUUCAGUGACCUCAAAUUACAUCUGUUUUUUUUAAAAAAAUACAUUUAAAAAUGGUUGGGCUUAUAUCAAAAAGAAAAUUAUCUAUAAAAUGAGCUUUUUCUAAGAUGAUUUAUGUGUUCUUAAAAGCUUUUUAAGAUUUCAUAAUAAAAUCUAAAAGUCCUCUGGCUAAUUUCCUUUUAAUUAAUUAAAAAAUAUCCUUAAAUAUCUUCAUUUUUCAUACAGUAUUCCAAAAUAUCUAGAUAAAAUAUAAUGAUAGAUAUGAGAAAUUAGAGAAAAAUUGAACAAUUUUCAGCUAUGAUGCCAGUUCUACCUGAAUUCAAGUCUAACUCCGCAUCCUAACUUUGCAUUUUACUCAUAACUCUAUUAUAGGCUGAUCCAAGAUCAUGGACAGGUUCAGGCAUUCCCUGACCUUUGUCUGGGUUUGAAAUUCAAGCUCAUGUUUUCAGAUCUGUAACUUUCACUCACCUUUGUGCUUCUUGGCUUUAUCCAUUGCCAGAAGCAGGAAAUACUUGAAAUCCUACAUAGAGAAGUGUUUUGCUAAGAUUUUGAGCUCAGUUCUCAAGGCUCAGGAUCCAUCACCAAUGAGAUUUUAGAGGGCUCCAGACUCUUUUAGGUAAAGUAUUUUUGGUGACCUUCCAUUGUAUUUAAAAUUAUAAGUAAUAAAUACUAAUCAUACAGGAUUGUAUAUCUGCAUUGUCAAGGCAGAAUUUCUGAAAAGAAUCUAAGUGACAAGACAGACAUUGCAGAUUUACAAUAACUUUGUUCAUAAAUUUUUUUGCAAGAUGUAAAGAAAGACAUAGUGCAGAGAGGGAAGAAGCCAACAAUGUGGAUUUAAUCAUCUACAUUUAAGAAAUGCAGACCAAAUGUCUGUGAAGAUGUCCAUUUCAUCCAAACAUUUCUUAGAUAUUUAUUUCAAAGCUCCCUGCUCAGUCAAUCCAACACUCCAUUCAUAUUGGAACGAAUAUUGAUUUUUCUUCUAUUAGCAGUGGUAUGGAAGCUCUUGAGGAUCCCAUAGAUUAGUUACCCUUAUUCUCUGUUAGUACUGUUUGAAUUGCCAAGUGGUCAUUUUGCAGCACAGGUAGGACUAAAGAGUAUCUGUUUAAAGUCUAUUUAAACCAGGCCUUCUGAGAAACAUUUUUUUCCUAUAGAAAUCACAUAAUGAUAUUGCUUUAUCAGGUAUAGUGUGGAAUAUAGAACUACAGAUUACUCCUCUUGUUGCAUCGGCUGAAAAGCCACUGCCAGGGCGAAUGACAGUCUAUAGCACAAAGAAAAUAGACAACUUUGUUUCCUACAAGAAAGUUCAGCUGAAUUUCACGUAGCAUUUAUUUUAAAUAUGUAUUUAUUUUAUUUUUGCCCCUAAACACCUUUCUCCCUGUCUUGUAUGUGCUCAGAUUCAUCUCCAAGUUAGCCAUAACCAUUUCCUCAGUAAUAAGUAGCAGGAUUCUCAUGCAUGGGCACAGGGGAAACCGUGUUUUAGCCCUUCCGUCUGGUGGGAUGUAGCCCCCUGUCUGCAUCACCUAAGUUUAGCUAAUUAGCUGAGUUGAAAGUAUUGCAAAAAUGGUAAAACCAUGGAAGCAUUAUUUUCUUAAAAAAAUGAAUUGGUGUUUUAAAGAAAAAAAAAAAACCACCCUAAGUCUUGUGUCCACCUUCAUGUGUAUUCUUUUAAGCAUCAGGAAAUCUGUCUCUGUUACUUUUCUAAAUGUAUUUAUUAUUUUUGAUUUUUUUUUGAUAUUAAGAAAUACUUUUCCAGUAAGAUUUUGCCUCUCUGUUGAAUCUUUCAUCUCUUCAUUAAUAUUGAUGUCUGUAAGGACUUAGUAAUUCCAGAAGAGGCAGGAAAGCUGUGAGGUUUAUACUUGUUGAGAAGUUGAAGGAGGUAAAGAUUUUUUUUUUUUUUUUUUUUUUUUGAGAAAACAGCAUUGAAAUAAUUUUUAAAAUUGUAUUUUUCAUCUGGAAAACUUUAACCAAGAGUGAUAGACUGUUUAGUCUGGACUCUGAAUUUCAGCACAGACAUGAGCAAGGCAGCGUGUUGAAGGUGGCUGUGCCUAGGGGUUUCUCUCAGGUAGUAGACAUGUUCCCUCCGAGUCACAAAUUUCCCAUUUCUUCCUUUUAGGAGGGUUGUGCUGUUUUGGACACUGAACUACAACAGCAGUGAAAAGAGGAGUCCUGCUCCCUUUUCUCCCCUUCCAGAUCACGUGCAGGGAAAACAGAGCGUUGAGCUGCUCUAGUUCCUUGUCCCACAUUCCAAACAACUCUCGGUCACAGAAGAACUCAGAAACCCCAUCCAGUGCUGUUUUCCAAAGCCUGAUAUGUCCAUUUUUUAACACGUCACAUAAAAGCCCCAAGAAUCCCGUGUAACCCCUCAGGCACUCCCCAUGCAGAAAUCAAAGACCGCAGCAAAUCAUUUUAUUCCCCUGUUACCCCAAAUCAUUCCCCUUUCACCAUUCACUGGAGAGAUGCUAAUCCUGAAAAACACUCCCAAGGACGCAUUUUAAUGUGGUGUAUUUGAGCUGUGCUCAUCAGCUAAGCAGCUCUGAAUGGUGGCAUUGUCACAGCUCAGCGGGUCGUGCCUCUGCUGCCGCGGGGACCCACCACACGCUGGAGGAGCUGAAACUGCUCCACCAGUGAUGGUGCAACCCUGAUGAAAGGUUUGAGGGCCACCUUUCCUCCUGCCUGGCUCCCUGGCUGAAGUGUUAGAGCUCAGCUGGAGCCAUGAUCCAGCGCUAAUGAGCAUUUCUAGCUUGCAGCAUGUGAAUAGGGACUACUGAUGUGUUUAAUGUUAAACAUGUGCUUUCUUGCCUGCCUGCCUGGAGAGGGGCCUAAAAGCCAUGACAGAAAAGCCUAUAUUAAUGAAGGGCAUGAUUAGUCUCUUCCCUUUGAAAUCUAGUGGCAGAAUUCCCAGUGGGGGAAUUCCCAAUAGGAAUUCCCAGUAAAGCCAAAGGUGGCAUAAGCACAAAGAUGUUUUGAACGCGUAGAGAACGCUCAGGGAGAAAAGGAGGCAGCAGUUCUCGGUGCAGAAGAAGGACACCAGGUGGUAGCUGCAGGGACACGAGCAGUGCUGCCAGGCUCUGUUCUGGUCCCAGGGGGUGUUCAGAGUGCAGCAGGGACCAGGCGAUGCUGGCAGUGUAAUGCCGAGGCAUGUUCCACUGUAGCUCCAGCCACUCUCCCCAUGGUGGUAUCCCACAGCACAGUGAUGCCUCCAUUGUGUCUGCCUCACUCUUAUUAUGAAGUGGCUUGUCUAAAGAAAGCAAAGAAGGGUGGGGAUUUUUUUUUUUUUUUUUUAAAUGUAUACAUGGAAUAAAAACAAUCCAAAUAUGCUUUAAUGGUUCUCAACAUGAUACUGUCAAUUCUCACCACAGGGUGGAAUUUGUUGGUGGAAAUUAAAUUAAAUUAAAUUAAAACAGAAAAGCUUGGCUAUUGCUAAUGGGCACUACUGGGAGCCCUAAAAGCAGUUUGCAGUGUAGAACCAUAACAGGAGUGAACAUCCUUUAAUUCCCAGAAUUGCUUGGGUUUCACAGGGUCAUUUUAGCCUAUUCUGCUGCACUGCUGAGAAGUUGCUUUUUCCCUGUCUCUCUAGGCGUAUAAACUGAAGAAUUUGGGAAAUGGCUACAGGCACCAAAUUAGGCUUUUUCACUUUUUUUUUUUUCCCCCCCUUACAUUAAAUUAACUACUUUAGUUUGGAAGUAAGCAAUAAGUAAGUAGAAUUUGCAAACAGCAGAUUUCUCUACUCUUUCAUUAAGAAACUUUUUAAGAGCUUUCAGGAAAUGAGAAGCUAUCCCCAGCUUUGGGAAUAAACUGUGGCAUAAAAUACAAAUGUAAGUGAGAUUCUGAAUAAAUUAUUGAAGCAGAAAGAUUGCACUUUGUUUUAAGGAGCAUGCUUAGGAAUAAAUGCAUUAGGAGCUUCAAUUCUAGUUUCUAGUUUGGGUUUUGGGGGUUUGUGUCUUUUUUGUUUGUUUGUUCAUUUGUUUUUGGGGUUUUUUUAUUACCUAUUGUACAACAUAAAAACUAUAUAUACAUAUACAUAUACAUAUAUAGAGAGAGUAUUUAUCUGCAUUAUUUAAUUCAAUAAUGCUGUGAAGUUUGUUGGGAUGGAAAGUGGCAUAAGGAGGUAAACUUACACUUUUGAAACAGCGCUAUUAUUUCUGUGUCUUUGAUUUGGUUCCCACUGGAAUAAACAAGAACCGCACCAUUAGUUGUGUGGAAGUAGGAUCUCAACUUCACAGACCCUGAAAGUUUGGCAGUCCCUUGGAGGGCAAGGUAAUUUGCUGUUUAGCAACCCGAGCCUUGCAGUGGGCACAGCGCAUUUUGAAGGCAGUCAGAGCUGUUCUUGGGUGAGGGAGUGAUACUUGCAAAGGACCCCAGUGAAUCCCCUGCUGUUUUAAAAUGAGAUUAAGACAUCAUGAGAUGUGGACUGGCUAACCCCAAACCAGACACAUUCGCCUGCAGCGCAGCCGCUAAAUUGGUCUGACAUCAGGAGCCGCAACGAAGGAGCUUGGCCUCAGAAGUGAGUCAAAGCAGCAUCUUUGUCACCAGUCAUUUUCUAUUUAUAAUGACACAGAUCUAUUUUAUAAUCACGGGGAGGCACAACAGGAGUGUGCUUUGUUCUGCCUAAAUCGCAUUUCUCGUGCGGGUGCAUUUAAACACAGCCCUUGGCCCCUUGCCCCACACCACACACACCCAGGGCGGGCAGUUCUGGCGCAACAAUGCACACCCUGUCGUGCUUGAAUGCUCAAAGCCUACAGUGCUGGAGCAAUAAACUCCAGCUAAAUGGCUUAAAAAUGUUCCUUUAAGUGCACUGAGCAGACCCGCUGCUGCCUCACUUCUCAUUUCCAGUGCUGUUCUGUUUCCAAACCUUGUGUUUCAAACAAACCAGGAGUACGUUAUGUUGUUCAGUGAUGGAGACUGCUGGGUAUUAUUUACUGUAAGAAUUUGGGGUGAAAAACCCCACUCCCCAACCCAACUGGUGUAAACAGCUUUAACUCCUGACUGUGUUUUCAGAGGCUGUGAAAAAAUUCCCAAGAGCUGCUUGGUUUGGUUCCUGGAGAACGGGUCCUCAUCUGUGCAAACCCUCAGAGCUAUGAUGGUAACCUCCCUUUGCUAUCUUUUUUUUUUUUUUUUUUUUUUUUUUUAAUAUGAAGGAUCCUGCUGUGUAUUUCCUAGAAAGUUAUGAUCUUGUGAUCAAUAGAUUUAUUUUUGUAACCCGUUUUCAGUUCUAAAGCCUGAAGAUCAAAACCAAGUUGCAUAGUAAUAUUUGGGGGUGAGGAGAUGUGCUUUUUUCCCCUCCCAAACCUUCUCCUUUUCAAAUCUUGACUCAUUUGUAGCACAAUUCUGGUUAGUUUGAGGAGGUCUGAGGUUGAAAGAGAGGAAGGGGAGCCCACUGAGAGAGGAUAGCAGGAACCAGUCUGGAAGUCUUAAGAGAUAUGUGGACAAGUUUCCUAUCAGUGUGUGAGCAACCUGUGCAGAGACCUUCAUGGCCCUAAUGGACCCAAGUCUCUUAAAACCUGCACUGAUAUUCAAAAGUAAAGUUUGGGCAGUGAACCACGACAUGAUGAUCAGACAUGAUACCUCUUCAGGGCGUUACAGAGGCAAAAAAAGAGCUUAUUUGAAAGGACCCUCAAAUUUUUAGCUACUGGUCAAGACCUGAGUUCACAUGACUGGAUUUUCUCCCGCUAAAUGUCAUUAAUCCCAGAAAUGGCUAAUGGCUUCAGGUUGAAAGGACCCUCAAAUUUUUAGCUACUGGUCAAGACCUGAGUUCACAUGGCUGGAUUUUCUCCCACAAAAUGUCAUUAAUCCCAGAAAUGGCUAAUGGCUUCAGGGCUUCCACCUGAUGUACUGGGCUAAAAGCAAGAUCAGAAACUCACAUGGAGAAACCAGGAAUUACCUUUAAACUCAGACCUGCUAAGCUUCAAAGAAAAGUAAUUUAUUUGUAAACAACUAUUUUAUAGUGUCUGACAGUGAAAAGUAACUGUGUAUCCAGAGGUCUCCAUCAGAUAAGAAAGCAAGCCAGGAUCCCUUUGUGUUUUAAAGUCAAGGAACAUCCUCUCUGAAUGUGCAAUUUUAGAUUAGACUGCAACCUUUUGGGUUAGGAGCUAUGUAUUUAUUCUCUGCAUGUGCAGCUCUUUACAUGACACGACCCUGAUCAGGACCUUCGUGUGCUGCUCUAACCCUCAUAAUCUGUAACAAUAGGAAAACUAUACUUAAAAUGUCAUUGCAGUUCACCUUUAAUAUUAUGAUUGUGGGAUUGUGCUCUAUCAACUGUGAAUAAAAUAAUGUCAUUUUUGUAUAAUAGGUAGUAUAUUUUAUUAUGGAAGGAAGAGUUAAAUUUAAUUUUUAAACACAGAAAAGUAUCUACUCAUUGUUUCAUUUUAAGCUUUUGAAUAUGUAAGCAAAUAUUUUUUUUGUAUCCUUCAAAUGAGUAUGUGUUAAAUGAAGAAAUCCACCUUCCCGAAAUGGAGCUGUUUAUAAUUAUAAUGCAAGAGUGAUUAACACCUUAUAAUUUGAAUAAAAGUGGUUUAUUUUCUCA